AGCUAAACAACUUUUGAAAAAUUGAACUGUCACCGUGUCAAUUCAUUUUCACCAUAGAUUGCACACUAAUUUGUUAUUUCUCUCUUCAUCUUCGUCAAAAAGUGUUUAAAAUCUACUCUCAUUCUAUUGAUUGAUUUGUUCCAAAAGCUUAUUUGAAAAUGGAUGAUUUUGGAGACAGUUUCGUUGAACCUGAGGUUGAUCCAGCAGCAGAUUUCCUUGCCCGUGAGCAGAAUCAGCUAGCGGGUCUCGAAGACGAGCUAGAAACCAGUGCUCCGCCCCCUGCCAUUUCGACGUCUACAAACGGGUUUGACGAUUUUGUCGAAGUACCCAGUGCAUCAGCAUUUGAUGCUAACGGUCUGUUGGAUGACGCUCCAUUGGGAUCCACUCCAACAACAGUAUUCAAACAAGAACGUGAGGAACCUGAGAAGAUCAAAAUAUGGCGAGAAGAACAAAAGAAAAGAUUAGAAGAGAAAGAUGCAGAGGAAGAACAAAAGAAGCAAGAAAUGCUUCAGAUAGCCAAGAAAGAACUGGAGGACUGGUACAAAUCACAUGAAGAACAGAUUUCCAAAACUAAAGCUGCCAACAGGGAAUCUGCUAAGAAUGCAGAGCGAGCACAAGCUCGAGGAUCUGAAAGUAGUGUGGAGGAAGGAAAUGAAUGGGCCCGGGUUUCUGAACUUUGUGACUUUGGACCCCGUCGAGGAAGGGAUGUGGCACGCUUACGGUCAAUUGUGCUUCAGCUCAAGCAAGCUGGAUCUCGCCCAAACUACCCAUCACGUGCUACUAAAGUGGCUUGAAAUAACAUCACAGUUUGUAUAAUAUCUUAUUAUAUUAUCAGUCCGCUUUCGAAGAUCACAUUAAUUAUUUUUAUAAAUAUAAGACAGGCCAAUAUUAAUAAUGUUCAAGCAAAACACAAUAGUGGUUUAGAGCCUUGUUAUUUAUUGAAAUUAUUUUGUAUUUACUAUGUAAUGGCUAACUAGUUGAAGGAUUAGUUAUUAGCUUUAUGCUAAUUCAGUUUAAAAAUAAAUCAUUCCAAAACUAA